CUACACAUCCCAGCGGGCAGCGCGGCAGCCACGUGACGGGUGGAGGCGGGGCGCUGGGCGGAAGCGAGCGGAGCCGCAGGCCGGGGGUACCGGAGUCCGAGGGCGCAGGCGCAGCCAUGGUGUCCGCCAAGCAGCUGGCCGACUUCGGCUACAAGGCCUUCUCCGGCUCCAUGGCGCUGCUGACGCUGUACGGCGGGUACCUGUGCGGGACCCGGGCCUACCGCAUCCUCCAGCGCCGCCAGGAGCGGCAGGCCGCCGCCGGCCCCGACAACUGAGGGCGGCCUGCGGCUCGGCCCCGCGGCUCCCCGCCGGAGCAGGGCCGGGGAAAGGGCCCCGCGGGGCUGCGCUGGCGGGGGGAGGAGAGGGAGCACAAUAAACGCGUGUGAGAAGGGC